CUGCCUAUCUGUCUGUCAGUUGCUGUGUGCCGAUCUGCAGCUCUUUACAAAGAGAUAUUUGAGUCAUAAGGACAGUGGAAAGAUCAGGCAGGACAGGAUGGAUGGAAAAGAGGAUAGUGAGAGAGCAGAAAGGAAUGGCAGAGGCACAGAAGAAAAACGAAACAGGACGGGGCCACAGUCUAACAUCCAUGGUUCGCACUCAGGACAAAAGAGACAAGCAGGCCUUUAUCUGGGCGGUCUGACGAAAAACCAGCUAAUAAUGAUAUCUGUAGCUGUUGGACUUGUCCUGCUGAUCAUCAUCAUUACUGUCGCAGCUGUGAUGCUCACUAAAAAGUCAGGUUCCUCAGGUCCUCUUCCCUCAUUUCCUACCGGUGGAGACAUGCUGGACUACCUGAUACAGUCAGGCGAUAUCAGUGAACGUGACGGUCUGUUGGCUACCUGGUAUCACAGAGCCAAUGGCAAGGAGGAAAUGAAUAAAGCUCUCGCAAGUGAUGCUAUGAUUCUGGAGGCUGAUGUCACUCUGGAAGGUUAUGGGACAGCCAAUGAGAAGCCCAUCCCGAUCAUGGCCCACCCUCCUGACAUCUACAGUGACAAUACUCUGGACCAAUGGCUGGAUGCUGUGCUGGCCUCAAGAAAAGGAAUAAAGUUGGAUUUUAAGUCUCUGGGAUCCGUGGGUUUGUCAUUAGAUCUGCUCAGGCAAAAGAACAGCAGCAGAGAAAUAAACAGGCCUGUUUGGCUUAAUGCAGACAUCAUCCAAGGUCCCAAUGUCCCUGACUUUGUGCCUCCAGUCAAUGGAACCAGUUUUCUGCAGUUGGUUCAGGAGAGCUUUCCAGAUGUGACUCUGUCUCUUGGAUGGAAGGUAGCCUAUGCUCCUCCACUUUUCAAUCAAACUUACACCAGGCACAUGGUUGAAGAAAUGUUUGAUAUGAUCAAAGAUGUCCCGCAAAAGGUGACACUUCCACUUCAUGCCCUGUUGGCUCGCAGUGGCUGGCAGCACAUCAGCUGGCUCCUCAGCCAGUCAUCACGGUUCAGUCUGACACUGUGGCAGGGUUCAACUCACCCCACUGUCAGCGAUCUGCUCUUCGUCCGUGACAACAGCCACCCUGCCCGAGUCUACUAUGAUAUCUACGAACCAACGCUGUCGCAAUUCAAACAGGCUGCAAGUCAGCAGGGCCGUCUGAGGAGAUUCUAUCCUGGAGGAGACCUGAUGGACUUCCUCUGUCAAGUUCAAGACUCACACACCAACCACCAGUCCACAGUCACACACCACAACAGCCUGGAAGUCCAGUGGUUUACUGUCACUGAGCGCACAUCCCUGUUGGCACAGCUGUCAGAUGGUGCUGGUAUGUUGGUGGUUCACGUGGCCUCUGACAGCAACCAGCCUGGAGUCGCUGUGUUGGAGGGCUCUGAAAAAAGCUCAGAGGCCCUUACACUGCAGGACGUCCUGCAGGUGCUUGGGCAGAGAGCUGAUGUUCCCUGGGGUGUUCACCUGCGGAUUCCCACUCUGCAGCUUCUAGAAGCUUCUCUCAGACUGCUGCACUCAGCCUACAGCAGGGAGGAGCUCUACAGGCCUGUCUGGAUCAGCAUGGAGGGUUCACAGAGCGCAGACAGCACAAACGAGUUUGUGUCUGCGGUAGAGAGGCUGUUUCCUUACGUCACUCUCGUCCUGACGGAGCUGAACUGGCCUCCUGUGAUCCCAGCAACAAUAACGGGUUUGUCACAAAGAGUGGCUCUGCAUCUGAACAGAGCAUCGCUGCCAGAGGGACAGGAGGUGAUUAACCAUCUGACGAGACUGAUAGAGAGAUACGACCUCCUUGUGGAGGAGGACACACGACCCAGUGCUGGAGCUUUUACAGCCUUUAAAGCGCUUAUGACUGAGCGCAGGGGGAGAACAAAUACAAACUUGUAUGUGACAUCGGCUCAGUCCUGAGGAUGGAUGUGACCAGACCAGAAAUAAAAUGGAAAUUUGCAGCAUA